GGCGUCGCCUUGGGGGCGAUAGGGCGACCGCGGCCCGGCUGGGCAGGCCGGCGGACUGGCGAGAGAACCGGCAGAGCGGGAGGACCAGCAAAAGAAGGCGACCCAGCACGUUGGCGAGGGACGACUCGCACUAACCCACCGAGGCGGACCCCGACAUCCUCAGGUCCUUCCCUUGGACACCUGUGCCUUUGCCCAGCCUGGCCAUGGCGCUGUGCCUGAAGCAGGUGUUCGCCAAGGACAAGACGUUCCGGCCGCGGAAGCGCUUUGAGCCGGGCACGCAGCGCUUUGAGCUGUAUAAAAAGGCACAGGCAUCGCUCAAGUCCGGCCUGGACCUGCGCAGUGUGGUGAGGCUGCCGCCGGGCGAGAAUAUCGACGACUGGAUUGCCGUGCACGUGGUGGACUUCUUCAACCGUAUCAACCUCAUCUACGGCACCAUGGCUGAGCGCUGCAGCGAGACCAGCUGCCCAGUGAUGGCCGGUGGGCCCCGUUACGAGUACCGCUGGCAGGACGAGCGCCAGUACCGGCGGCCGGCCAAGCUCUCGGCACCACGUUACAUGGCCUUGCUCAUGGACUGGAUCGAGGGCCUCAUCAACGAUGAGGAUGUCUUUCCCACUCGUGUUGGAGUUCCCUUUCCCAAGAACUUCCAGCAGGUCUGCACCAAGAUCCUGACCCGCCUCUUCCGCGUCUUUGUUCACGUCUACAUCCACCACUUCGACAGCAUCCUCAAUAUGGGGGCUGAGGCACAUGUCAACACCUGCUACAAGCACUUCUACUACUUCAUCCGCGAGUUCAGCCUGGUGGACCAGCGGGAGCUGGAGCCACUGAAGGAGAUGACAGAGCGGAUCUGUCACUGAGCAUAGGCCUGGACAUUGUUGCUCAUCAGAUGAUCAUCUGAACAUGGAGUGGCUAGG